AUAUCUGUCAUUGUUAAACACAAAACAUUAUAAUAUAUCAUACGUGGUGUGGAUAUUUUUACAACCAAUUAUCUAAUUUUUAGGUAGUUAUAUUCAAAGAUGAAGAUUAAUCCCUUAAAUGUAGUGAAUUUAUUACUAGCGUAUUUUCAAACUUUACAAAUACCCAAUAGUGUGACGAAUUAUAAAGAAAUUGAGUUGUCAGAAAAAUUGAAACAAAUAUUAAUCGAUGCAGCAAAUGACUUCAAUGAAGUUGAUACGAUUUUUGAGGAUACUUUGGAUUUUGAGGAAGAAUAUAAGGAUUGUGAUGCUGAAAUAGUUGAGGAUGAAGUUCAACAUCAUUUUCCUGAUCCUGACGUUGCACCAACAAAUCAGUGUACGAAAGAUACUGAAGACAUCAAUUUUGAUUACAAACAAAAAGCUGUAGAAUAUUGGAGAAGUGGGAAAAGAAAACUUAAGUAUUGAAACAGCGUAAAGAAGAUUCAGAAAAGUCUCAUCAAUCAGUCAGCUCAAACGUUGAGCUCACAAUAUUAAUGAAGGUGGCACGUACCGAGAAAAAAUUGCACGGAUUUGUCAAUACACACUUGAUAAUUUUAAAGCUGCUGUUGAAAGUGGUUUAAUUAUUCACGAUCACGAUAUACGGAGAUGGGCGUUACAAGCUCAAAAAGAAAUUGGAUCUGAAGAUGUAAGAUUUAAAGCUUCUAAAAAUUGGUUAGCGAAAUUCCAAAAGGCUCACAGAAUAGUGUCUAGAAAAAUAAAUAAAUUUAUUACUAGGAAAACAUUGGAAAAUACUUUAGGCCUCCAAAUGAUGGCUGAUAUGUUUGUUGCUGAUGUGAAAUCUUCUAUAUCAUCAAUUGGAAUUG